GCGCAAACAGCGGCCUCAGCCCCCGCUGCCUCCCAGCUCCCUUUGCCCCGCUCCUACCUGACCCCAGGGGCUGCGGCUCCUGGCCCCGCUCCCCCAGCCGUGCGCGAGCUCCCACCCAGCCCCACUGACCUCCCCUCUCUCAUCUCUUCCAGAUCAUGACUUUGGGUCUUGUCUUCACCUGGUUGGUGCAGAGAGUGCAAGGUGUUAAUGAGGAGUUGGAUGCAGAAACGCUUGAACGCAUGUGUGAGCGUGAGGUGUUUCUGUGAGCGCAGAUGACACUGCAGUGGCAACACGUAGAGAAUCUGGGGCAGAGCAGGAUAGGCAUUCGAGCCCUGCUGUUCACUGCACUGUCUUAUUGGAAAAUUUGGGCUGUUCCUAUUAUUCUUCUCUUUUUGUUCAUGUGGAAGAUCCAUAAAAAGUUCCUGGUGGCUGAAGACAGAGAUGAUGAGAGCUCCAUCAGUGAGGAAGAGCAACAGCAGGUGCAGCGGGAGACGGAGUAGGUGGAACAGGAGAUUGAGGAAUCACUUUUCUUUCCAGAUACACUCUGGCCAAUUCAAAGACAUCUAAGAAACCCUGAACACAUGCUGUCGCUGUUCAGUGGCCUCAUCAAUAUCUGCAAAGGCCUCUUGGUAGAUACUUUCUAUCCGGUGCCAGAGCACCCCAUCGGGGUGGGCAGUACCUAUGAAGACUGGUCCCCCCCUGAGAACGAACCCAUCUACUGCCUGCUUGUGCCCCUGUCAGCCCCCUGUGGGCAUGUUUUCCACCUGGAUCUGUGCAUCACAGGGGAGCUGCCAGCAAGGAACUCCCGUAUCCGUGUAGAUCUGGAAUGCACGUGCGGGAGGGAGCAGCAGAUGGGUAUGCAGUGCUUCCUCCACACCGCCAAGAAACAGCUGGGAAAUCAGCGCUCCAGCCUCCUACAUGAACUCUGUACUGACUCCUACCUAGAUGCGGAGAAGACAGCCCACUGGUUCCAGGUGCUGAUUGAAAAUGCCUGGAAAUGCAUGCCUGAGUCAGCAACAUGCAGCAUGAAUGCGGUGCUGUCCAGGUGCUCCUGCAGGCUUCAUCUUACAGAUAUCUUCAAACGCAUCUUCAUCAUUAAGGUAGUGUUUGAUGUGCAGCAAGACAGUACCAACAUUUUUCUGAGCGAGGAGACAGAGGCUCCUAGUAUUCCCAGCACAACCUGGCCACAGAGUUGUGCUGUGGCAGAGGCGAAGUUCUGGCAGCAUAUAGCCGACCAUGAGGAUGACAGUUUCCACUUCAGAUGUAUGCAAGUGUGUGGCCAGAUACUGACUGGCCACACCUUCUCUAUCUAUGAACUGAAGACCGUGCUCAUGCACCUCCUGACUGCCAUCCCUUUGGAAAGCUGGCAUGGGAUCUAUUUCCUGCAGCGGAUGGAUGACAUCUUGUGCUACCUGCGCUGCUGCAUGGAGGAGAAACGUCUGAACCAUUUCCUUGUAGGAAAUGAGGACGUGCCUGUGAAGAUUAUCUUGCCAGAGGAAUUCCGAGUGUCCCAACCGCUCAACCUCUUCCAGCGCCUGGUGCAGGAUCCAGACAGACAUGAGCAGGUCCUGCAGGAGUUGGGGGAGCUGCAAGAUCGGCUCACAAGCCUGCUGAUCUAUGGGAAAUAAGAGACACCCACUUGUCUUACAGAUGAGCACUCUGGACAUGGAGAAGACUCCUCUCAGCAGGCAGUGGGAAUUGCUCCCAAAUGUUUUCUCUACACUGGGACAGCUGGACCCCAUGGCGAUGAAGAGAGUGCUGCAUGGAGCAGAUCUUCCUUGAAGCUAUGUUAAGGCACAUACAAGACAAAGAGGCUGCUUGAGAGCAGCCCUGCGGAGAAGGACUUGGGAG